UGCUUCUUCUUCCUCUUUCUACUCCGUACCCCUUGGUCCUUUUCUCCUCCCCUUCAUCCACUUUCUUCUGCUUGACAUCCCAUUGUCACGCCUCUUUCACCACCCUUGGGAGACCUUCCACUCCACUCCCUCACGCCUCCCCUCUCCUCAUCCGUCCGUACGGAUACCUUGACCUUGCCUUACCUCAUCACGCAGCAGCACCGCCUGAAGCUGCUCGCUGUUCUAUUCUGUUGUGCCUCGCCGUGGCAUAACUCCCUCCCUCCCACUUCUCUUCUUUUCCCUCUUUGCAUCUCGCUAUUUUGCUUCCGGCUUCCUCCUGCAUUCGCCGUCUGGAGACAUUGGUGGCACGCAUCAGCACCCGCAUAUCCCCUCUAUCAUGCGCAGCCCACACGAAAAGAGUCACUAGCUCUGCUUGACAGUUACCUUGCCCCCCCGUCCCCCUUCCAAGGCCACACCACCACACGACUUACAAUUUGCGACUCUCCCAUACAGCUCGACUGCCUGUCUUUCUCCCUCAGGGAUAUCCACUUUCUCCUCGGAGUAGUGUAGGUACUCUACUCUGCGAAGAGACUGCCCUGAGUCUGAGCCUUUCAAGUAUUGCCGCUAUCGCCGAACCGACAACAGCUGCUACCGCCUACCGCGAACCACCCCCGGCUCCUAUUCCUUGCCUUGUGUGGCCCCGGCACACACAGCAGCCCAUCCACUUUCAAUCUUGGGGCCCGUUCCGCCAAGUCAAAGACCGCUUCUCCUUGCGCUGCGGGCUCAACAGCACCCUUCCAACAUCACCACCACACAACCCUCCCGCCUAGCCUCGCCCACCAUGGCUCCCAACGGCAAUCCGAAGGCGAGGAACGGUGCCGGUGUCGCCCAUGGAAGGCCUAACGCUGCAAGGCGUGUGGUUCCCGUCAUUCCUCUCCCCAUGGACCGUCGCGUCAAGGCCAAUGCUGCUGCAAAGCAGGCCGCCGCUGCUGCCCAAGCCGCCACUAUUGCGACCAUUCCUCGACCCGCCAUCACGAACGGCUCUUCCUUGAAAAUUCAGCACGACGUCGACUCCGCCCCUAGCACGCCCAAGACCAUCGACAUCGAGAUUGCCACAGCCGAAAACGACAAGGGACAGCCCGUUGCUGCCACCAAUGGUUCUGAGGAGACGCCUUCGCCUGCCGACGCGGAGGUCGAUGACACAAAGGAUCGCGAAGCUACCGACUCCCAGGAGUCUUCUGCCGCCAUCCCGACUCCGUCCACGACCGAAGAGUCCGAAUCGACCGACAAGACCGCCGAUCAAGACCUCCCCCGCUCUGCUGAAGAGCCUGUUCGAGGCAAUGUUCACGUCGCCUCUCCGCCCGCGGCGGCCCAAGUUGGGAAGAAGGACAAUGCUCACCAGCAGCAUCCGUCGACAUUCCGACCCCCUCCCGUCAUCCCUCCAACGCGUUACAACAUGCCGCCCAAUGCUCACAAUGGCUCGCGCCCUUCUCCCGUCGUCAUCAACGGUACCUCUCACCGGGGCCCCCGAUCAGUUCACAACGGUCCCCCACACAUGCAUGGCCCGCGUCCCAGCAACGGAAGCCUUCAGUUUGGCGGUUUCGCCUCCAACUCGUCUUCUCCGGCGCCCCCUCACUCUGGAGGCUUCAUGCCCCCUCCUGGCAUGCCUCUCCCCGACGGACGAUCCUUCAGCGGUGCUGCCAACGGUUUCCACCGCCAGAUGCCCUACGGUACCGAGUUUGUUCCCGGCACGGGUGUAGAUGGAUUCGGCCGACCUGUUCCAGGCUAUGGAGGUAUGGAGCAGUACCCUCCUCAUCUCAACGGUGGCUACGGACCUUCGACUCCUCAUAGUUUCCAGGGGUCGCACUCUUCGGCCCAUGCGGAUGACACUGGUGCCUACAACCACUACCCCGCGCCAGGCGUCCCCAACGGUACGGCACAUGUCGAUGACGCUCGCCCUCACCCUCCUCCAGCCGGAGCUUUCGGUGUACCGCCCCAGCGAAUGAUGCCUGGGCCUAUCCCGCCCCCGCAUAUGAUGCACCCCGGCCACGAGCACCAGGGACUGGACGACAUGGCCGCCUAUCUGCGAUCGCAAUUUAGAGACCCUGCCUUUGCCGACUGCACCCUGGAGCUUCGCUAUCUCGACGACCGCGCUCCUCCCGUUCGCCUUCCAGGUCACCGUCUGGUUCUUGCCAGAAGCCAAGCCGUCCGCAAUGUUCUAGAGGCCGAUAACGUCGAAUCCAGCUCGCCGGGCGCUAACCGCACCAUUCUUCUGCAGUCCGAUGAUAAGUACCUCCGAUCUGAUGCCUUCUGGAUGGCAGUUCAGCACCUGUACGCCUUUCCGCUAUUGGACAUCCCUGAGCCAGCCUCCAACGGCAACUUCACCAUGGCUGGCAACGCCGAUGACCGCUUCGACUUUGCCCUUGGCUAUGCUGCCGCCGGUCACAUCCUCUCGUGGCAGCCUAUUGUUUUCCGUGGCCUGGAGAUAGCGUCUCAUUCUCUUAGCUGGUCGACGAUGGAGCGUGCUCUUGGCUUCGCCCUCGGCGAUUUGCCUAGUCGCGCUUCAGCUGACAGACACAGCCAGUUCGUCUAUGGCGAACCUGUUCACGUUUUGAUGAACGGCAUCAUCUCCUUCAUCAUCAACAACUUCCCGCCCGACUUCACCCUGGACACGUCUGUCGCUGAUCCUGAGCGCUUUUCCCGACUUCCUAUUGUUUCGACAUCACUCCCACCCCGCGAAGGAACACCCACGAUUGCUCGCGGAACAGCGGGCCAAGAUCGUCGCUCUCGCCCCAUGCACAUCCAGUUCGGUGACCUCGCUUUGGGCCCUGACAACACAUCGAACGGCUCGGACUCGACCUCACAGUCCUCUCAGCACAAUAGCAUCCGGUCGACGCUCUCAGCCAUUCUCAUCAACCUCCCGUUUGCGUACUUGAAGCCAGCCCUCGAGUCCAGUGGCUAUGGUAAUGUCAACGGAUGGGCGAACGUCGAGGCUCGGCAUCACAUCAUGCGGGCUGUCGUUUCUGAGCGGGAGAAUAGACGCUCGAGAGUGGUUGAAGCGGUCAGAUCUGGAGCGGUUCCGCAUGCCGAGUCCAUCUUGUAUAGCCUGCAGAGUGCCGAUCCUCGUCAGAAUGAGGAGUGGCAUGCCCUUGGCUGGCGUGAGGAUGUGGUGUCGUACGUUAACGGCGACGCACCGUCCCUCGGCCGGCAGUGGGUUCCGUUGAUGGCGCCGCAGCAGCAGCAGCAAAACGGCACCGGACAUGUGGAGGCUACUAGCCGAGCGGCCUACCCUUGAGAUGGUGCAGUAUUGCAGCUAGGAUUACGAUGUUACGACACGGGAACUAAAAAACACCAACAAGCAGUGGAUGACCCGCAAUGGACUGCAAUCGCAUUUGCAUGAUGGAGUACAAAAAGCGGCAGCAAUUCCUUUUCUUAGGUUCAGGGCGACGGUUUCGGCAUUGCAUAUGGUGUUGGCAGUUUUCACUUUUCUUCUUUCUUGGCAAUGGAGCCAGAACAUAAAAGCUUUGGGAAGCGCGCGGGUAGUGUCGCUCAGCACCUUGGUUUUGCUGAUAAUGGGCGUUUACUGCGCCAGUUUCCUUUGUAUGCGCAUGCAAACAAUCUGACGAGGACUGGCCUUGGUGGAUGCUCAUCCCUUAGUGAUGCUGGUCGAUUCCUUGGGGGACGGCUUGACAGAAAGGGAAGGGCGUUUGGGUGAGGAUAGACGAAGGAAUUGUGCAAAGAUUCUUGAGCUACCCUGACUCGGGCAGAGAGGAUAUCCUCAAUCUACCGGAGCAGCCACGAAUGACGAUGGCAUAUGACGAUAUGAGGGGAACCAGAAAAAUAUGGCGAGGAAGGGAUAAAAAUUCAGGCCAGGAUAUGGCUGCCGGUUGUGGGGACGAAGGAUACCCAGGUUGAGUGAGAUGAGAAGGGCUACUCUGGUUUGCCGAGGAAGUAAAAGGCAGGGACGAGGCGAGUGGCAGGGCAUGAGACGUGUGUUUUUAGCAAGGGAAU